AUGCCUAACACCCUAUGGUAUCACCCAACCCACACCCUUCAGUACCACCCCGCCCAACAACCCACAGUACCUCCCCGCCCAACAACCCACAGUAUCAUCCCCGCCCAACAACCCACAGCAUCAGCCCCGCCCAACAACCCACAGUACCUCGCCGCCAAACAACCCUCAGCAUCACCCCGGCCAACAACCCUCAGUUUCACCCAGCCCAACAACCCACAGUAUCAUCCCGCCCAACAACCCACAGUAUCAUCCCGCCCAACAACCCAAGGCAUCAUCCCGCCCAACAACCCACAGUAUCAUCCCGCCCAACAACCCACAGUAUCAUCCCGCCCAACAACCCACAGUAUCAUCCCGACAAACACCCCUCAGUAUCACCCCGCCCAACAACCCACAACAUGUUGA